AUGGCCACCUCCACUUCCACCACCACUAGCAGGGUUUGCCUAUCCAAGGACCCAAAUUACAUCACCCUGGAGGAACAAGACCAUUGCUGUGCUGCUGGCCUCUGCAUCAAAUGCAGUCAGAAGGGGCAUGGCAUCAAACAAUGCCCUAAUGGAUGGAAGGCUACAAUCAAGGAGACAGCCAAGGUGGCCAAGGAUGCUGAUAUUGAAUUUGUAUCUCUUGCCUUAGACUUGAAUAAAAAACUGUUACUCUUUAUCAAUCUUUAUGUCCAGAAUUUCCUGGCAGAACCCUUGAAAACCCUCAUAGAUUCAGGGGCCACUUUGAAUUUCAUCUCUCCAUCAAUUGUAGAAAAAUACAAAAUCCCAAAAACCCAACUUGAAAAUCCACAAGUUGUGAGAAUGCUAGAUGGUACUAUAUCCCAGACUGGUUGCAUUUGGCAUCAGGUUCAACUUGCAGUCUCAGCCAAUGGCCAUUCACACUCUAUCCCCUUUCUACAACAGGGAUUAGUCACAUUCCCUGAACAAGUUCAGAUUGCCUCUGAGGAAGAAGCAGACUUGGACCCACUGGCUGACCUACCUGCUCAGUACCACAAAUUUGCCAAGGUCUUUGGUGAAGAGGAAUUUAAGGUCCUCCCCCCACAUAGGGAGUACAACAUUGCAAUUGACCUUAUUCCCAACACCAAACUCUCACCUGGACCUAUCUAUGGCAUGACUGAUGCAGAAUCUAAGGCACUCAAGCAACACAUUGAUGAGGAACUAGCCAUGGGCAAAAUCCGCCCCAGUACCUCAUCUGCAGGCACUCCUGUGAUGUUUGUCAAGAAAGCUGAUGGAUCCCUUAGGUUGGUUGUUGAUUACCAGAAAUUGAAUGACAUCACACACAAAAGCAUUUACCCCUUGCCACAACAAGAUGACCUCAUGGCUAAACUAUGUCAUGCCAAGAUGUUUACCAAAUUAGACCUAAGGUGGGGAUACAACAAUGUGCGCAUCAAGGAAGGUGAUGAGAAGACUGCCUUCAGAACCAAAUAUGGGCUCUUUGAGUACUUGGUAAUGCCCUUUGGUCUGACUAAUGCACCUGCAGCCUUUCAACAUUGUAUGAACAAUCUGUUCCAGGACCUAAUUGACAAACCAGAGGAGCACCCUACCCACAUAAGGGAAGUCCUUUCCAGGCUAAUGAAGAAUCAGCUAUUUUGCAAACUCUCCAAGUGCCAUUUCCAUGUUACAAUGGUUGACUACCUUGGUAUUGUCAUCUCCCCAGCCAGCUUCUCCAUGGAUCAAAAGAAGAUCAAAGCAGUUACAUCAAGGCCACAGCUGAAGACAGUCAAACAGGUCCAGGCUUUCCUAGGAUUUGUGAAUUACCUCUGCCAGUUCAUUCCUAAUUUCAGUUCAGUGGCUCAACCCUUGCAUAACCUCACCAAAAAGGAUUCCCCUUGGUUAUAG